CCACCGCGCGACGACUGGGACAUUGUGUUUGACCGGAUCAAAGAGUACCGCGCUACCCACGAGGCGCCCGUGGACACAGUUGGGUGCGAGGCCCUGGGCGCCGAGGAAAAGGAUCCAAAGCUGCAACGCUUCCGGACGCUCAUAUCGCUGAUGCUUUCGGCGCAAACAAAAGACGAGAUCACCGCCGAGGCCGUCCACAAUCUGAGCCAGCGGCUUCCGGGCGGUCUGACGCCAAAGGCGCUGAGCGAGGCACAGACGGAUCUAAUCCACGAGUGCGUGCGGCGCGUCGGGUUCUGGCAGCGCAAGUCGGGCUAUAUUAAAGAGGCAGCGCGCACGUGCCUUGAGCAGCACGACGGUGACAUCCCGCGCACCGUCACCCAGCUUCUGUCGCUGCCGGGCGUCGGGCCCAAGAUGGCGUAUUUGGCCAUGCAGGCGGCCUGGCAGGACAAUCAAGGAAUUGGUGUCGACACACACGUGCUGCGAAUUUCACACAGGCUCGGCUGGGUGUCCGAUCUGGCCAGGACGCCCGAGGCGACUCGGCACGCGCUCGAGUCGUGGAUGCCCAAGUCGCUCUGGCGCGAGAUCAACCCUCUGCUUGUCGGCCUCGGUCAGACCGUGUGCCGCGGCGUGGGCCCGAAAUGCGGCGAGUGCCCUGUGAGCCAGUACUGUCCAAGCGCGCAG